AUGUUCUCGUGCUUCAAGGUUGACAAGCUCGCGAUGCUUCCUACCGUUCGUUCCAUAGCCAUUGCGCUGCUGGUAUCCGCCGUGCCUACGUUGGCUCAAUUUCCAGCGGAACCUGUCGGCUUGAAGGUUUUGGAAUCGCGCUUUGGAGAUGGCGUGAAGAUCACCUACAAAGAGAACUCGCUCUGCGAAACCACACCUGGUGUCAAGUCAUACUCUGGUCAUGUCUAUCUUCCUCCAGGAACCGCAGACUUAGGCCAAGGACAGGACUACCCAAUCAACAGCUUCUUUUGGUUCUUUGAAGCUCGCGAAGAUCCUACAAAUGCGCCACUUACGAUUUGGUUGAACGGAGGCCCUGGGUCGUCUUCUAUGUACGGUAUUCUGGAAGAGAAUGGACCAUGCUAUGCGAACCCAGACUCGAACUCCACACGGCCGGCAGAAUGGAGCUGGAACAGAGCUUCGAACAUGCUCUAUUUCGAUCAGCCGGUGCAGGUUGGCUUCUCUUACGAUACUUUGCAAAACAUCACUCGGGAUCUCGUUACCGGAGAGGUCACGCUUCUCAACGAGACUACACCCGUGCCUGAACAAAACACCACUCUUCUCACUGGAACAUUUCCUAGUCGUGAGGCAAACAACACCGCUUUCGGUAGUGUCAACGGCGCCGUAGCAGCAUGGGAGUUUGCGCAAGCUUGGUUCCAAGAGUUCCCUCACUACCUGCCGAAUGACACCCGCAUCAGUCUCGCAGCUCAGUCAUAUGGCGGACGGUACGGCCCCGCCAUGAUGUCUUUCUGGGAAGAGCAGAACCAGCGCAUCGAGAAUGGUACGCUGGGCGAGGAAGGCUACAUCAUGCAUCUUGAUACCCUGCUUCUCAUCUCAGGAUGUGUCGACCGCUAUGUUCAGUAUCCUUACUAUCCGCAGCAAGCCUUCCGUGGGAACGGAUACGGACUCGAAACUGUCAACGAGACAACAUACAAUGCUAUGGUCGAAUCGGUACCCGAGUGCCUCGAGCGCAUCCAAAACUGUCGUGGUGCCGCUGCGCAAGACGACCCCGAGAAUCUUGGUAUCGAUGCAGUCGUAAAUGAGAUCUGCGAAGACGCUGAAACCUAUUGCCGCGCCAAUAUUGUCUCACCGUACAACCAAUACGCAGGCCGCGACUACUAUGACAUCUCCACUCCAUCACCACCACCUUUCCCACCCCCAUUCCACGAAGGUUACCUGAACCGCGAAUGGGUACAAGCCGAGCUCGGCGUCCCACUAAACUGGACUGGCAACUCACCCCAAGCCUCCGCCGCAUACCGCGACAUCGGCGACUACCCGCGUGACAACUGGCUCGAUGAUCUCGGUUUCUUGCUCGACAACGGCAUCAAAGUCUCGCUCGUCUAUGGAGACUUGGACUUUGCCUGUCCCUGGGGUGGCGGCGACGCUGUGGCUAAGGCUAUCAACUGGACUGGAUCCGCUGGCUACGCAUCGGCGCAAUACGCUGAGAUCCAGACCAACGACUCCUACGUCGGUGGUCUCGUGCGUCAAUACGGCAAUCUGAGUUAUAUCCGUACGUACCAAGCUGGUCACGCGAUUCCAGCGUAUCAGCCUGAAACUGCGUUCAAGAUCUUUUCGCGUGCGCUGUUCAACCUCGAUAUCGCUACUGGUACCGAGUCGACUGCUGGAACGGAAGAAAGCAGCACAUACAUGAGUACCGGUCGCCCGGAUCCUGAUGUGCAGUUCGAUGCUUUCACCAGCGAGAGGCUCACGUACUGUUACACAUGGGAUUUGAGUUCCUGUACCGAGGAUUACGUUGAUGCUGUUCUGGAUGGCUCGGCGGAGAUCUGUCAGUACCUCGUUGUUGAUGCGAACACUACGCAGCUUUUCCCGGAGGUUAUCGCGCAGUGUCGUGCGGGUAGUGGUGGGAAUGCUACAGUACCAGGUGGUAACAGUAGUAGUACACUCCCGGAAUUUGAGGGUACUGCUGCGAAGAUAGGAGCAGGCUCAUGGACUUUGUGGUCAGGCCUCGUGAUGCUGGUUGUGGCGAGCUUGGUGUUCUAG